CGCCCACCUCGGAGUAACAGUCACUUCCGGAGCAAGGCUGCGAGGAGGCCGGACCUGGAGGAAGGAGGCGAGAGGAGGCCGCCAUGGCAGUAUUGCUGGAAACCACGCUGGGAGACUUGGUGGUGGACCUAUACACAGAGGAGAGACCUCGAGCUUGUCUGAAUUUUCUGAAGCUCUGCAAAAUCAAGUACUACAAUUACUGUCUAAUACACAAUGUACAGAGAGAUUUCAUCAUACAGACUGGUGAUCCACAGGGAACUGGCCGUGGAGGUGAAUCCAUUUUUUGCAAAUUAUAUGGGGAUCAAGCUAAAUUUUUUGAAUCAGAGAAAGUGCCAAGAAUUAAACACAAGAAAAGGGGGACUGUGUCAAUGGUGAACAAUGGCAGUGACCAACAUGGAUCUCAGUUUCUUAUUACUACAGGAGAAAACUUAGAUUACCUGGAUGGUGUGCAUACCGUGUUUGGUGAAGUUACAGAAGGCAUCGAUGUACUGAUGAAAAUUAAUGAGACCUUCGUUGACAAAGACUUCGUUCCAUAUCAAGAUAUCAGGAUAAACCAUACAGUGAUAAUAGAUGAUCCAUUUGAUGACCCAUCUGGUUUGGCAAUGCCCGAUCGUUCACCAGAGCCUACAAAGGAACAGCUGGAUAGUGGGAGAAUAGGAGCCGAUGAGGAUAUUGAUGACUUCAAGGGAAGGUCUGUUGAUGAAGUCGAGGAAAUUCUGGCGGAAAAAGAGGCAAAAACUCAGGCUAUUCUUUUGGAAAUGGUAGGAGACUUGCCUGAUGCCGAUAUCAAACCACCUGAAAACGUGCUUUUUGUCUGCAAACUUAAUCCCGUGACAACCGAUGAAGACCUAGAAAUCAUAUUUUCUCGCUUUGGGUCAAUCAAAAGCUGCGAAGUGAUUCGAGACUGGAAGACAGGUGAAUCCCUGUGCUAUGCUUUCAUUGAGUUUGAAAAGGAGGAAGAUUGCGAGAAAGCUUACUUUAAGAUGGAUAAUGUACUAAUAGAUGACAGGCGGAUACAUGUGGAUUUCAGCCAAUCUGUUGCAAAAAUAAAAUGGAAAGGAAAAGGUGGAAAGUAUACCAAGGAGGAUUUCAAAGAGUAUGAAAAAGAUCAUGACAAAAGGUCUAAGUUAAGCCUGAAGGAAAAGGCAAAACCCAAGCAAGACACUAGAUAUGACCUUGUAUCGGGGGAUGAAGAAGAAGGAUCCAGAGCAGGUCACAGGCACACUGAGAAGAAGAAGAAGAAGAAACACAACCAUUCAGAUGAUGAUGAAAAUGAAAAGAGGAGCAAACAUCCUAAGCAGGACCUUGAGCGAAGGAACAAAGAUGACUCAAGCAGAGAUAAAAGAAAAAGCAGCAAGCAAGAGCGCCAUAGGAGCCGAAGUCGCAGUUGGUCACGGGAUAGAGAGGACCGUUACCAAAAGUAUAAAGACAAGCACUAUGAGGAACCCUGGGAAAGGGAGCAUGAAGACAAGAGGAGAGCCAGAAGCCCUAAGAAGUCCAAGGAUAAAGAGAAGUCCAAGUACAGAUGAAAGAGGAUAACAAUAAUGUAAAAAAAACCCAACAACCCUGAACCCUGUGGUGUUUCUCUACUAUGGAAAGAACCAGCACCAUAUGCCCUGGAAAAAAGAGAUUUUAAGUCCAGUUUUGACGUUUAGUGCUGGGAUACCACAAGAGCACAUCUUAGAAUGUAGAGAUUUCUGAAACUGAAGCAGAUGGUUGUGUUUUGUGAGGCUGACAGAUACAGGAAGAGCGAAUGAUGAGGAAUUUACGGAAUCUAAAUGCAGUGAUUAUCUCCCACCACUCCAAGAAUGCCAUUUAAUGUCUAUCUUUAUCUUUAGAUGGCACAGUUACUCUUUUAACUACUUCACACAUAAUGAGUUUCCUGCCCCAAUAUUACUUGUGUGAAGGUUGCAUAUAACCCAGUUGUACACUGUUUCAAGCUGAUGUGUAUGUUCUGCUGUGGGAAACGUUCCCUACCCCUGUGCUAGGUGAUAAUUCCUGCUAUAUGGCCACCUUAUGAAAUAGUUGUGUUUGUGUUUCCCAUUUUACCCAGAUAUUACAUUCAAUCUACUGCUUGAAAAUAACAUCCAAGUAGGGAAUUUCUCAUGUGUAAAGUUGCUGUAAAUUCCUCUGCUUUUGUUAAGCCUUUAUAAUACACAAUUCAUACUUAACAAGUGUGUGUGUGUGUUCGUGUUUCAUGGCACCAUUCUCAUACCCCAUUUAUUCCUCAGCUUAUAGAGACUGCAACAUGUGUCACCAUCAGAUGGUAUUCUCAGUUUGUAACUACUUACUUUAUUUACUUUGCAGUGGCACUAGCUUUACUGACAGUUUAUAUUGAGCUAUCUUCUGCCUAUAAGACGGCAUUUUCCGGGGUGAGGGAGAUCAUAACUGAUUUCCCUUGCAGACCCUCAUGUCAUGCAUCUACACUUGUGUGAUGGUUGUAUAUAACCCAGUUGUGUUCUUCUCAACUGCAAAAGGUACAGAAAUGAAAAAUUUAUACAGAUCAGAUUUUGUUACACCUUAGCCAUUUCAAAAUUCUGCUCAGAAUCUAUCCUAAAAGCUAUACCAAGGGCUGUUCCAUUAGCUCAUUUUUUUUACUUAUUAUGGCCUCCAAAAUGUUUUACUGCUUCAGAAAUGGAGAGUAUUUUAUGCUUAUUUAAUAUGUAAUUCUUAAGUAUGUGCUGUUUUCCAUUAUCUUCUACUGAGUGUUUAGGUUAUAAAAGAAAUGGAAUAACCUACAUGUUUUAUGCUUCUGCUAUUCAGCUUUUUAGAAGAAAGCAUCUGUAGAACUGAGUAGGUGUGUCUGCUUAGUAGGAACAUUUAUGGAGGGAAAGAAAUGCUAGUUAUUGUAGGGAUCGUUCUUCAAGUCUGGUAUAUAAAGAUACAAUAUGGCUGUCUGUCUCUGCAGAGCUAUAACAACUUCUGAGGAUGGAACAACUGAGGUUGAGAAACUUGUACAGAAAGAUUUCUUCUUAAAAAAGAAAAUAAAGCUGCACUUAUGAUUCAAA